GGCAGAGAUAACACCCGGCCCCCUCCUGCUACCUGUAGGUUCCCAUCGCAGGAUUCACAGCUGAGGAAUAUCCAAACCUCAGAUGACUCGGAUGGCUCCCUUUUACCCAGAGAUCAAAGAAUGCGCAUAAGGCUCAUUGAAUCUAUGGCACAGGAUGUAGAGCGGUUUGACCCAGAUAACUCAGACCACUGCAUCGAUGAUUACCUCGGAGCGAUUAACCUGUGUCUCAGUGAUAUACCUGAUGCAUCCACAAGAGAAAAACUCAGGCUGAUCUGGAAGACAACUUCCAAGAGUGUCCGUAACUUCACGACUACCCUUCAGCCUGAGAUCAGAUGCCAGUACUCUGCGCUCUGCAAUGCUUUGCGCCAGGAAUACUCCACCUACAUUGACCCUGCAUCUGCCCUUCUUAGUGCUUUCAGUGUCCUGCACCAGAAGCACGAGGCCCCCAAAGAUUAUUACUGGCGCCUAAGAUCUGCAUAUUUCCAGGGACGUAAGGCUCCAGGUUUGGAAGAGAACCAAACUUUCAAGUCCAUCUUCAUGCACAAUCUGCAUGGCUGCGUGCGGUCAGAUGUCACCCUGCAUAGUCGUACACAUCAGCUUAGUAUGAAAGAGAUCAAGAAAUUCGCACAGGUGGUUUGGCAGACAUGCUUAUGUCACGUGACACGUGAGGGCAACAAGAGACCACAUCACUGGCAGAAUAGAGAACAGAGCCAGGGGGGUGAACGUGGGACUCAACCACAGAGUAGGUUCCAGCCUGGAGAACUGAGAACUACCAGAUCCGAACGGAACUCUCGGGGGCCUCCCUCGCUUACAGAGAACCCGAUUCUGACUCCACAUAGGAGUGGGGGUAUAGCCUCCAUUCUGGAAACACAACAAUGUCACUCCACCGACAUGAAUGUUUCCUAGUCCCUGUUUUGUGUUUUGACAUUGGUAGGGAGACACAUAAUGUACAUGUACAUUUACACACCUACAUGCCACAAACACCUUCCCACAGGCUUACUCCUGCCCAGGCUAGGAGUUAGCCCACAUAUCUACACCUGAUACUCUUCUCUUUCUCUCCUCCUCUUGUCUGUUUGUUUCAUUUGUUUGUUAAAGAAUGCACCUUGAGUAGCAAAGCUUUGCUAGUGCCUGGUUAUGUUUUAUGCCUAGCUUUAGCCAUAAUUAGACAGUCUGCCCAGACUUUGCCUCAGUGUCUGCCCAGACCGAAUGCCUCUCAAAAUGUAUGGACUGUUGCUCACUAACUAUUUGAACGUUUGUCUCCUAACACAUGGACUGUUGGCCCUAUUUGCCCUAAAGACUGUGACCCGCAAUCCCAUUCUUCAGGACAAAGGGGGGAUGUUGGGCCACGCAGGCUUAGGACAGUCAAACCAUGGACUUGGGCCUUUGAGUUAUUUACUAA